AUGGACCAGUUUGCUUACUCGACAAAAUUGGAACAUCCAUGGGAUGACGUCUCUCUCGGCUGGCUCAAUCGGUACCCAAACCCAAACAGUGCACAUGUACUGUCCUCUGACAUUAUCGAGCGAUACGUUGACGACAAGGGACGUCUGUACACCGAGCGCUGCUUGUCAAAACGGGUCGAAUUCCUAAAUGGGCACAGAAAUACCUAAACGUUUCCAAAACACACAUUCUUGAACGGUCAAUUGUUGACCCUAAACAGCAAUUGAUCCUUUGCAAAACCGCCAACAUUGACCACAAAAAAGUUAUGACCGUUAUAGAGUACACGAAAUACUCAUCAUUGAAGGGAUGCUCGUGGACAACUAUGGCGGUUUUGGGUAAGUUCAUUUCCCCUAUUCGGUUUGGUUUCGGUCGCAAAGUGAUUCAAUACGGAAUCAACCGAUUUCGAGAACAAGCAAAAGCAACCCGUUCCGGCUUACUACAUGCUAUCGAAGCACACAAAAUAAAUCCAUCAUAA